AUGUUAAAAAUUAACAGAUAUCAUCAUUCAAAAUUUAGUUUUCUUGCUUUAAUUUUUUUGAUUUGUAUUUCGAUUUUAACCACCAAAACAUUUGGAACUGAAACUACUGGUGGUUGUCCUUUGGCAAAUAAAUGUCCAUAUUAUCAAGCAAUAGAGUCUGGCAAAAAAUUUGAGGAUAUUGAUUGGGAUAAUACCAACUGUCCAGCAGCUGGAAAAUGUCCAUAUUACGAAAAGUUAAAGGAAAAAGCAGUGUUAAAUGAUGGCAAAUUACCAACACCUCAAGAAGCUGGAUGUCCUUAUACUGAAAAAUGCCCACAUUUCAAAGAUCAAAAUCAUAACCACCAUGUUGAUGGUGAUGCAACAAAGUGUCCUUAUCUUACUGGAGGUGGUAAACAUAGUGAAGAUGCUGUGGCUAAAUGUCCUCAUUUACAAAAAUUAGCAGUAGAAAAACGAGAUAAUAAUAAGGAUGAACUUUAA